AUGGUAUUGGCCUCACCAAAACCACAUAGGAGUGAAACAAUUUUACCAAGUGAUGUGAUUCCAAUAAUAGACCUAAAAGGUGAAAGGUGUGAGGUAAUAAAACUCAUAGUGAAAGCAAGUGAGGAGUUUGGUUUCUUCAAAGUGAUCAACCAUGGCAUUAGGGAUGAAACUAUUGAAAAAAUGGAAGAAGCUGGUUUUAGUUUCUUUGCAAAACCAAUGAGUGAAAAGAAACUAUCUUCACCAGCUUAUGGUUGUAAGAAUAUUGGAUUUAAUGGAGAUAUUGGUGAAGUUGAGUAUCUUCUUCUUAAUGCUAACACUUCCUCCAUUGAUCAAAUUUCUAAAACUAUUUCCAUUCAUUCUCCACAUUCUAAUUUCAGGUAUAGGGUGAGUGAAUAUACAGAAGCAGUGAAAGAGGUGGCAUGUGAGAUAUUAGAUUUAAUGGCAGAAGGAUUGGGGGUCCCUGAUAGAAAGGUAUUCAGCAGUUUAAUAAAGGAUAUUGAUAGUGACUCUAUUCUUAGGCUCAAUCACUACCCACCUACACUAGUUAAGGACAAGGACAAGUCACACUCCAACAAUGUUGGCUUUGGGGAGCAUUCUGACCCUCAGAUCUUGACCAUUCUUAGAUCUAAUGACGUUUCUGGUCUUCAAAUCUCUCUUCAACAUGGUCUAUGGAUUCCUAUUAACCCUGACCCCUCUGCUCUCUGUGUUAAUGUUGGCGAUGUCCUUGAGGUUAUGACAAAUGGAAGAUUUGUAAGCGUGAGACAUAGGGCAAUGACAAACUCAUACAAAUCUAGAAUGUCAAUGGCAUAUUUUGGGGCUCCACCUCUAAAUGCUUCCAUUGUUGCUCCACCAGUUUUGGUUACACCUCACAGGCCCUCACUCUUCAGACAAUUUACUUGGGCCGAUUACAAAAAAGCUACAUACUCUCUAAGGCUUGGUGACACAAGAAUUCAACUUUUUAGAGCAAACAUGUCAUGA